CAUUUUAUGCUAUUUAAACCCAUAAAUUUGGGCGAACCUGACAGACAAAUUUCAGGGUAAAAACACAAACAAAGCUGUUGCGCUGUUCGUCCUGCUGCUAGCUUCUUGUCACCAACAGCACAGCGGGCGAAAGGAACGACUGUUACCGAUAUAAGUUUGUAAGCUGGUAAUGCGUUGAAGCACCGAUGGAGUCGACAGAACAUCCCACUGAGGCCGAUCCUCUCAGGAGAGAAGAUGGAGCAGAAACGGCGCCAUCGGCAUCGGAGCAGAGGGAGAACUCCAAAAACGUCGGCGUCCCCAAACGGACCCACUGGAGAACAGCGAUCUUUUUCCUGUCCUUGUUCAUUUGCCUCACCAUCGUGUUUGCCUUCUCCUUCAUACUCCCCUGUCCCGUAAGAGCACAGUACCUCAAAACCUGGAACAGGACUUUCUCUGAAGCAGCAACCUAUGACUUCCUAGCUGUUGAACAUGCAAGCAGUGAUAAGAUGUUGGAUAUUUUAUUUGUCCUAAAAAACACAGAAGGUGCAAACAACCUGUCAUGUGCCAGUGGAGGGCUAAGCUCACCGUGUCUGUUUUUUAUCGGGGUGGAUGGCACGGAUGGAGAGACCCUGUGGGAGAGGCCGCUGGAAGCUGAGUUCCACUGGGCCCAGUGUGGUCAGCAGAAAGAACCAGAGAAAAGCUGGCACUGCCUGGUGGCUCACGCAUACAACCUCACAGCCAUUGACAAAUACACCGGUAAAAUCAUUUGGCAGCAGCCUCAGCCAACAGGUCUGCAGAGCUCUUUGCCUUUUCUCACCGUCCCAGAUCUGGAUGGGGACGAGGUCAGUGAUGUCCUCCUGGUGGCCUCUGACAGCACGCAGACUCAGCUGGUUCUCCUCUCAGGAAAGACGGGCGUCCAGAUCGGUUUUACCGUAGUUCUUGAUUUUACCGACACGGCCAGCCACCUUCUCCACCGCACGAAGGGCGGUUCUUAUUACGUAGUUUUACAAAAAGACACCGGCGUGUAUGGACUGGCUCUCUGGCGGAUUGCAGCGAAGGCGAAGUUGAAGGUGGAGCUGAAGAAGGACGCACACCUGGAGAAAAAUGCCAGUGACUCGGCUCCCCUCAUUCCCAUCUUUGAGUUUAACGGAGUGAGCGUGCUCCAGACUAAAAAGAAAGGCGAUACAUCCGACAUGCUGGUUGUGACUUCAAGUGGGGUGGUGUUAAUCGAUGGGAACAAACUACAGCCAAGGUGGAGAUUCAACACAAGUGCAGUCGUCAGUGAGCUCUCUUUUGGUCAUUUUAAUAAAGAUGAGAUUCUUGACGUUGUGGUUGAAGACAACAUAGGCAACAAUACAAAAAGAGUUGUUAUCCUGGAUGGUAAGUCUGGUGGCGUUUUGUGGGAGGUUGACCUUUUGGCUGUCGCUAACUCUCCAAGACCCGGGUCGGUGUACACAGCCAAGUCUAUCUCAGUCUUUAUGUUUUGGGGUCUGAUGCCCUCAAACUCCAACAAUUCUGAAUCAUUCGUGGGAAACCGGCGCUCUUACAUGCUGCUUCCUCACUAUCCUAAAAUCCUUCUGGAGUGCUCUAAUGUCAUGGAGCACAUCAUAGCAUUCAAAGCCACUCUCUUGGAACUUGGACGCCAUGCUGCCUACAUCCUGCUGACGGGGCCUCAGGUGGAGGGAGCCAAUGGGACUGUCGUCCUCACUAAACGCAAGCUGAAGGAGGACGUCCCCUCAUCUAACGUACUCCGAAUCGGCUCCGUCGACGAAUCCAACGAGGUCAUCAAAGAGGCCUUCAAUAGACUCCGCUUCAGCAGUCAAUGAGCGAACGUGCGAAAUCGUCGGCUUUAAAACCGACCCGAGACUUUCCAACUGCUGACCGCUAAAGUUAGAGGAUUGUAGCAUGACUUUUUCUGACGAGGCUCUUUCAUAACCGGGAAUACUUGAUUUUAGAUUCAGCUGCUGUAGAUGCUUUCAGAAGCACAAGUAGCCGCUGUUCACUCCUCCUUGCUGAUUGCUGUUCUCCUGCUGAAAAACCUCUGAAAUGUGCCUUGCUGGAUUAUUUCUUGCACUUUACUUCAUAGAUGCUGGGUACUGAUGUCCAGAAGCUGGGCUGUGAUUUGGACUGAUGCGUGCUGCUUUAAGGGCAGCUACCUCUUGGUUUUCCAAAUAUCAGUCAGAUGGACAGACUGUAGGUACAACAGGUGCACUAAAAACAAAAGCAUUUAAAAGUUUGGACGUAAACACACGUCCUAACCUUCACUGGUGCUGAAGUGACUGCAUUUAUCUUGGGAUGGUAUCCAAAAAUCUGUUUUUUUCCCCAUACAAAAUGCUGUAACUCUUAAAGCCAUAUUUCAGAACAAUAUUUACAGAUUUUUAACUCAAAAAAAGAUUUUCUAAAAGCUC